CCCGACGUCUUCGGUCGGAUUCCCGCCGGCUCAAGCAAUGAGAAAUGGGGGCAGGCGAAGGGAAGGGACGUUACAGUAAAACCGCGCUUUACUGACGGAAAAAGGAGGCAGCCGCUUUGUGUCUGUGACUUCUAAGCGCGGCUUUUGGGCUCAGCGUUUCUCUUUAAGUAGUUUGGUAAACGGCCCAAUAAACCGCGGCUGAGCCAGUUCAUGGCAAGGGUGGCCAGAUGCAAAAGGCUACAGUUUGACUGAAGCGAAGAACAUUUUCAAAGUGCCAUUUAUUUUGUGUGGGUAGGAAAAGGAAAGAGAAGUAUUGCUAUAUUUGCUGAAAUGUUCUUAUAUAAUUUGAAAAAGGCAGAGUCUCUUCAACUGGUUACCAGAUUGAAAUCAUAAGCAACUGCUCAAAAAAGUGAAAGAAAAAGUCUAAUGGAGAUCAUGAAGAUCCCAAAACCAUUCUGCAUAUUUUCAAUUUUCACAUGUGCUGCUAUAUAUGCUGUGUAUACCAAGUGGAAUUUUGAUUACAAAGGAAAAGGUGUUGACAAAGGUUUGGAAAAGCAGCUUGGUGCUGAGAUCUCAAGAAAAGAUGAGGCAGUUCUUUAUGGAAUUAUGUUUGAUGCUGGAAGCACUGGCACCCGUAUACAUGUAUUCCAUUUUGCACAGAAACCAAAAGAACUUCCAAGAUUAAUUGAUACCACAUUCAAAGCAUUAAAACCAGGACUCUCUGCAUAUGCUGACAAUGUGGAUAAGAGUGCUGAAGGAAUAAAUGAGCUAUUGGCAGUUGCUAAAGAAGCUGUUCCUAUGCAUUUGUGGACGUCAACUCCCUUAGUUCUUAAAGCCACUGCUGGCUUAAGAUUGCUGCCAGGAGAAAAGGCACAGAAAUUAUUGGAUAAGGUAAAGGACAUUUUUCAAGAGUCUCCAUUCUUUAUAGGAAAUGAUUGUGUCUCCAUAAUGGAUGGAUCAGAUGAAGGUAUUUCAGCAUGGAUCACAGUCAACUUUUUAACAGACAGCUUGAAUAAUCCAACGAAGAAAUGUGUAGGAAUGCUAGAUUUAGGUGGUGGAUCUACUCAAAUCACAUUUCGCCCAAGCACUGAAACAUCUGCAGAGAAUUCAACUGCUGAACACAUCAUUUCAUUUAACUUGUUUAAUACUACAUAUAAACUGAAUUCACACAGUUACUUGGGAUUUGGAUUAAUGUCGGCAAGACUGGCAAUUUUAGGAGGAGUUGAAGGACAAACCUUGAAAGAAGGCGAAGAACUAACAAGUCCCUGCUUAUCACUAAAUUAUCAAGGUGAAUGGGAACAUGCAAAGAUACUGUACAAAGUUAAAGGGCAGAAAACAGGAAGGCCGCUUUUUGAAUCAUGUCAUAAUGAAAUAUCAAAAGUGCUGAACAAGAAAAUUCAUGAGACAGCCGGAAUAAAGGACUUGAAUUUCUAUGCUUUUUCCUACUAUUAUGAGUUGGCAGUUGAUGCUGGUUUAAUAGAUAAAAAAAAAGGAGGGAUCCUACCAGUCAGGAAGUUUGAAAGUGCAGCAAAGAGAGCCUGUAAAACAAUGGAAAUUCAACAAGGAAAGCAUCCUUUCUUAUGCAUGGAUCUUACCUACAUCAGUUUGCUGUUGAAAGAACUGGGCUUUCAAAAGAAUCACAUUCUUAAGCUGGCCCAGAAGAUUAACAAUAUUGAAACCAGCUGGGCUUUGGGAGCUAUUCUUCACUACAUGGAUUCACUUCACAUGCUAUAAUAUUAGGGAUUUACUGCCUGGAGAAAAUGAGUCUAGGAAAUUGGACCUGAUUGAUUCCUUUGAAAAAGGGCUACAAAUAAAAUACACUUUUAAAUGUUUUAAAUCUUUCAAUAAAGGAGGCUGGUGCUUCAGGUGGCAGCUUAAGGUGCCCAGUAUUGUCCUGGGAUCACAAAUACUUUUAGUGUCACACAAAAUCAGUUAACACUUAUUUUAAAAAGAAUAAUCCAUGACAGCUAAAAGCAGAAGCAUGUCAGAAAUCAAACCAAAUUAUUAUAACAAAUGUCCUUUGAUUUUUAAUGAACAUUUGCUGAUGAUCUCUGGUUUAUUUGAUGUUCUUUAUAAGAAAAGCAUUUAAUCUUUAGGCAGGUGUUUUGCCUUUUUUUGACGCAAGCAUAUAAAUGCUAACAUCAGAAGCAAGCAACUUUUUAACUACCUUUGAAUGUUAGGUUGUAGGCAUUCAAAUUUUAAAAUGUGAAAUUUUGGGGUAUUUGUUUAAAAACUUUGUUAUGCUUUGUGAAACUCUUACUGACACAUAUUUAGGUUACCUUUUGAAACCCAGCUUUUAAUCCUUCAAAGCCUUUGUGGUACUGGUUUAUUUUGGAAUGGAUGAGCUGGGCAAAAUGCUUGUUCCCACACAGAAUUCAGUUGAUGUUUUCCCCUUGAUUUUGACUGCCUUAAUUUCUUUCUGGUGUGUAUUCCAUUCUGUAACAGUCUCACUUUUAAAUGGCACAAUGUUUUUUGUUCCUGCUGUCAAGCAAAAGAUUAGAUUAAUGUUAUCUUGCUAUAACUCAUUACAUGCAAUCCUUGUUUAGCAACCACAAUUGAUUCCAGUGAAAUAGUUGCUAAGUGAUACAAACAUUAAACAAGCCACAUGGCUGAGAGGCCCCACAAAUAUCACUGGUUGCUGCCAUUUUGGUAGAAUUCUCUCAUGUACUGUAGCAACAAAGCAUUAAUAUCAUUCUGGUGUAUAUUAUGGUCAAGUGCAGAAAUUUGGGCAGAAGUGCAUGCAUUGAUUGAAAAAUAUUUUUACUACUAUUUAUUACUGUUGUAUUUGUAAACAGUUGCUAUCUGAAGCAGUUGCUAAACGAGGACAAUCUGUAUCCAAAACUGAAGAAAUAAACUUUUCAUAUGGUCAUAACAAUAGCUGAAUGAAUUUUUUUACAUAGGCUAACAUCAGGGCAGUAUUUGGCCGUGCCAUACAUGCUUUUUGGAAUAUAUUGAUCAGUUAUAAAAUACUUGUAGAAGUUUUUGAUUGUAUAAAUUUGUAUGAAAGCCAGAAAGGUCCCUACUGCAACAUUUAUACCUAUAUCUGAGAAAUAAUCUGGAAAGUCAGGAAAAAUGCUUGAAUGUUCUAGUAACGAUUAUGUACAUUUGUUUAAUUUUGGUUUAAAUAUUAGAUUAUGUUAAGAUAAUAUGUAUGUUCCAAAUUUUGUAUAUAUCAAUUCAGUAAAGAGAUGUAUAUUUAAGAUUCCUUCAGCUACUAAGUAAACUUCAAAUAUUUUUAAA